GGAGGCGAGGUAGAGAGAAAGAGGGAACGGGACAAUUAAACGGACAAUUCAGUGGCUUUAUAGCGGGCAUUAAAGGCUGGCAGGGAAAGCGCUUCUGUGUUGUUGACUAGGUCGGGAGACGGAGAGAAAUAGUGAGAGACGGAGAGGCAGAGGGGGCAGGCGACUUUCUCUGAAGUUGAAGCCAGAAUUUCGCCAGUGAACUGCCAGAGGAAGAGGAGCCAGCAAACGACCUGUGUUUUGGAUUUGUCAAACGAGGGGAAAACACGGAGUUCGCGUGUGGCCAAAAGCCCGUGAGCUAGAUGAAGUAAAGUUGAAGUUCGGCGUCGUGGCAGUCGGUAAAUGUUGUGACAUUUUAGGAGAGCAUAAAUUGCUCCAGCGGUCGACGGUCGAGUGGCGGGGUAAAAACCCGAGCUGUCAAACCCGAUGACUACUGCAAACUGCCCCGGGAAUGAGGAGCUGGACUUCAGACUGAUAUUCGGAGAGGACGGGCAGCAGCAGCCUCUAGGCCCCGCAGGAUGUGAAAGAGACCACCAGUGACAUCAGAGAGACUGAUCUAGGCUAAUGAAAUCUCCAGAUGCCAACAGUCACCACAACCACUUAAUGACUAAUCUGGAGCCAGAUGACAACACAUCGUUCUACAUCCUAAAUGUGGGCCAGCCUCAGUCCAUGGUCACCAACCACCAGUCUAUUGGCCUGCCACGCCAUGGCAUGCAGUCCCACUCCCAGGUCAUCAGCACCUCCCCACGCUUUCAGUCGCACAAGCCAGGAUCUCAGCCUCCGAGCUAUGAGGCACAAGACUUCAAGUACGGCACCUCCCCCCUGCUGCCCUCUGCUCCUGUGGAGGCACCAAAGGCCUUUGAGUGCCCCAGUAUCCAGAUCACCUCUAUCUCUCCCAGCUGCCAGCAGGAGAUGGAUGCCAAUGAGGAGAAUCUGAGGGCCAAUGGGCCUGAUGGGGACUACCAUGGUGACAGGCCCUUAUCCAGAGACCACCUGUAUUUGCCCCUGGAUCACUCUUACCGGGAUUCUUCUCUCAGCCCUAGCCCAUGCAGCAGCCUCUCCUCUAGGAGCUGGUUCUCUGACGCCUCCUCCUGUGAAUCAUUCUCACAUGUCUAUGACGAUGUUGACUCAGAGCUAAAUGAAGCAGCUGCCCGGUUCACCCUGGGCUCCCCACUUACUUCCCCAGGCUGUGCCUCUCCUCAAACUGGUGGUGGAGUUUUGGAGGAACAGCCCCACUGGCAGCACCACCACCCUGCCUUUGUGCAUCACUCCCACUCUGUCAGUCUGUCACCCCGACAGUCCCCCUGCCACUCACCACGCACCAGUGUCACUGAUGAAAAUUGGCUUAGCCCCCGACCACCUUCCAGACCCUCCUCACGCCCCACCUCACCCUGUGGGAAGAGGCGCCACUCCAGCGCCGACAUCUGCUACCCCGGCUCAUUGUCUCCUCAUCACUCGCCCGCACCCACGCCAGGACCCUCACCUAGGGGCAGCGUGACAGAGGACACCUGGGUUGGCAGUCCUUCUGUAGGCAUGUCACCCUUCCAGUGCUGUCCAUCUGAGGCAGACAUCCCAUCCAAGACAAGGAAGACCUCACAGGACAGAACAGCUAUGCAGACUGGGAAAGGAGAUCUGGGGCUAGAUGACCAAGGAAAUAUGUCUCCUAAUCUAGACUCUCCUUCAGACGAAGCCCUGCACAGCCUGAAGAAGGAUGGGCCGGGGGAACAGUUCCUCUCAGUGCCCUCUCACUUCUCAUGGAAUAAACCCAAGCCUGGUCAUACACCUAUAUUCAGGACCUCCUCACUGCCUCCUCUAGAUUGGCCGCUGCCAACUCAGUUUGGGCAGUAUGAUCUGAAGAUAGAGGUGCAACCCAAAGCCCACCACCGAGCGCACUAUGAGACCGAGGGCAGCCGAGGAGCUGUAAAAGCAGCCUCCGGUGGCCACCCAAUCGUCAAGCUCAUUGGCUACAACGAGAAGCCCGUCAACCUGCAGAUGUUCAUUGGAACAGCAGAUGACCGUUACUUGAGGCCACACGCCUUCUACCAGGUGCACCGGAUCACCGGGAAAACCGUAGCCACAGCCAGCCAAGAAAUUGUAGUCUCCAGCACCAAAGUUCUUGAAAUUCCACUCCUGCCCGAAAACAACAUGACCGCCAGUAUCGACUGUGCUGGCAUCCUCAAGCUGCGGAACUCAGACAUUGAGCUGCGGAAGGGGGAGACGGAUAUAGGAAGAAAGAACACACGGGUCCGUGUGGUGUUCCGAGUGCACAUCCCUCAACCCAACGGGAAGGUGGUGUCACUGCAGGCUGCCUCCAUUCCUGUGGAGUGCUCCCAGCGUUCAGCUCAAGAGCUGCCCCAGGUUGAGAAAUCCAGCCUGACCAGCUGUCUGGUCAGCGGGGGAGAAGAGAUGGUCAUCAGCGGCUCCAACUUCUUCCCAGAGUCCAAGGUCAUCUUCCUGGAGAAAGGCCCUGAUGGACGACCACAAUGGGAAGUUGAAGCAAAAAUAAUCCGUGAGAAAUCUCAAGGAUCGUGCAUCAUGGUGGAGGUCCCUCCCUACCACAGUAAGACUGUGGGUUCAGCUGUGCAGGUGCAAUUUUAUGUCUGCAAUGGCAAGCGGAAAAGGAGCCAAUCACAACGCUUCACUUACCUUUCAGUCAUGGUGAAACAGGAGCACAGAGAGGAGCUGGACCUUCCUGCAGUACCCCCUAUGUCCAUGCCCCUGGCACAUGCUGCCAGUCUGGUGCGCACCCAGCUGCCUUCUCCUGAGCAGGGCCACCCAUCGGACAACCUUCUGUCCAGCUCCCCUCAUGGCCUGGCUACAGGCUCUGGACCUGGCCUGCUACCCCUGCAGGCCCCUUGCUCCUCCUUGGGCUCCCCGUCUUUUCAGCACCUGCCUCACCUUCAGGGUCGCAGUUUGCACCACCCCCCUGCAGACUGCCACAUGACGUUCCACCCAAGCUCUGCCCCUGCUCCUCUUCCUGCUCCUCCCCGGCCCUCCUACCAGCCUAUGCAGCACAGCCACAGUCACGGUCAUAGCCUGCCCUUCAAUGGCCAGUCCAGUCUUCCUCCUCAGGGCUAUGAGAGGAUGCCCUUUCAGCACAGCCCCAGUGCAGCGUCACACCCAAUGGGCAUGGGAAUGGUGUACUCUUCCUCCCCUUGUUCCUCACCAUCAGCUCCUUCCUCUUCAACUACCAACCCCAUCGCUGGGUCUCCCCAAAGCCAGCAACCCCUGCUCACCCCCUCAUCCCCACACCUCCCCACACUCGGAGGCUAUCACUGCUCCCCGAAUCCCACCCAGGUGCCCUCUCCCGGCAGCCACCCCCUUGUGGGGCAGCACUCCUCCCAGCUGCAGAGGGCUAUGGGCUACCAUCCGGUAGGUCAAAGGUCAGCCUCCUGCCCCACACCGUCCAGUGCCCCUCCUCCCCGGAUGAUCCCCUCUCCGCACUCUGGGCCUUCCUCCCCUCAGCUCCACUCGCUGCCCUACCAGUCUCCCACCUCAUCCUCCCCCACCUCUUGUGGCAGUCCUCUGGGGCUGCUGCAACAGCAGCAUUCGGGGCAGCCUUCUCCUCAAGCUACAAGCCCGGUCAUGGCUAGCCUGUCCCCAGCUGCAGCAGGGUCUCUGGUUCACCCUCUAAGCCCGCAGGGGCCCUUCCCCUCAGAUGGGGAGAGGCUGAACAUCAAACAGGAGCCAGAGGACAGGGAGCCCACUUUCCGUUCCAUCGGCCUGCAGGACAUCACGCUGGACGAUGUGAAUGAAAUCAUUGGCAGAGACAUGUCCCAGUCCCCCAGCACUCAUGGUCCUUCAUCAGCACACAACCAGUCAUAGCUCAGCCCACUCAGGCCCUGACGCAGCCUUUCGGGUUGUGAACCAUCCACUCCAGCUCUAAACCCUGCGGCUCCAACACUGACCCCGGGCCCCGGAUCCAGGUGCUGGUCCUGUCUGCGAUGGGACAAGAGGGCAUCGAGGAGAUAAGAAAGACUGUGGUCAAAUACAGAAUACGACUGGAGAUUCUGUUAAAGUUCUUAUGGACCUGCUAGACCACCAAGCCGGACAAGAGGACACUCUCAUAUGUCAUUCACACUCAUUUGCGACACAGAACUGGUCAGAUUAAAACAGGAAGGUGAGCAGGAGCCAUGUCGAGUUACACCGAGGUUGAAAUGGUUGCAGAAUAACGAGGAUUAAUAAGAUGUGACCCCGUCUCCCUUCACUAGACGUGUGCCUGACUUUUCCGAGCGGCGCUGUCUUCCUGACCAAUCAGCUGUCAAUGAUUUUAGGAGCACUCACUUUUUCAAAUAACCUUCUUCCGGGGAGACAAUCCAAUGGCGUGUGUUCCCCUCCUCCCCCCUCACCAGCAUUGACCCACGUGAAUGAAGACGUCUUGAGACAUAUAAGAAUAAGCGCACUGUGCUCUCACAGGAAGCCAGAUCUCAGAAUCAAAACAUUCUGCGUUUGCCUGAGUGAGCAUCAGCAACGUGUGGCGUGAUGUGACCAUGCAGCAAAACUAAACACACAUGGAAGGCAGAGAUUAUAGACUUGCGGAGCUUCUAGAAAAAUUUAUUAUUAGUCGUAAAAUUGAAAUACCAAAUUCAAAUUAAAACCAGCCUGAAUGAUCUGAAUUUUAAUGAUCAGUAAAAAAAAAAAAUAAAUAAGUUUCAGAAAAUGUUGCAGUAUCGACGCUGGUCUGGGAUCUGCAACCUGCAACAUUCCACAACUUUUAGUAACCUUGCAGCCGUGUAGAUAUCUGUACAUGAAUCCCCCCUCCCUUCCUCUUUCUGUCUCUUCUGUUUUGUCUUUAUGUCCUCCCUCUCCUGUGUUAACUGAUCUUCUUGUUGAACAAACGCCUUAUUAACACCUAGCAGCUUUGUUAGCGAAAGCUUUUUGAUGUUAUUGUUUUGCACAGCUAGCUUUGACUGUAAAAAUUUUUGGACACAGAUGUGCGACUUGGAUCACGUGGGUACGACUUCAUGAAUCCUGAUGAGGGGUGAGUGAGUGACAGGACUCAGCUAGCCCUCUUGAUCGUUUUCAUUCAAAGAUAUUUAACGGCGCCCGUUAAUUCCACAUUACAGAGGAGUGUUUUUAUGAAUCUGCAGAGACAAACCUCUCUGAAAAUUCUUUUCAUGCAAUAACUCCCCCAGAUCUCCCAGGGGCCCUUGUGUGCCUUCUGAUUCCUAACAGCCACCAUGGUGAUGGUGUGACAGCCUAGGCGACACAUAAUGAGAAAUAUUCUGAAACGUUUUUUAUACGUAAAGAUGUCUAUAUAUUGCAUUUAUGUGUUGUUCCCUCCUUCGGUAAUGAUAAAGUCCCAAAGUCUGAAGAUCAAUAUCUGGAUUUAACAGGGUCUUCCACAUGCCCGUUUGCAACAAUCAAUGUUUGCUAUUCACAAUCAAAGACUUCUCCUUAAUUGUAUCCAGAAUUUUGUCUGUUCUUGAUGAUUUAUACAUUAAUUACUACUCUGACCAACAUGCAGCGCCUGUACGGCAGCAAUAACAUGGUCUGGAGAAAGGAGAAAAUGUUUCAGUGUUUCAGGCAUGUUUGUAGUCAGGUGUGACGUGGAUGUGAACAGACAGAGACUGAUUCUGGCGCAAAGAUUUCCAUUGGCUUUUUUAUUUUAAUUUUUUUUGCCUUAAGCUUGACAAUGAUGCUCCUGCGUGUGAGAGCUGAGGAGUGUUGCUUUUGACGAUUUGAAGUCAGUUUCCAGGUGAAAAUGAUUCUGCUAUGCAUUCAAAUUCUGCCUAAUGCCUUUAAAAAUGACAGAGAGAAAAAAGACAAAAAAAAGACCUUGAUGCCUAUAGAAGUAGACUGUAGACUUGUUGUAGAUGCUUGAUUGAUUCUGUUAGCAUCCUGGAAUUGUCCAUCAGCCAAUCUGCCUUGUCAAAGACGCAGUGUAAGCAUCUUAAUAGGAUCAGUUGUGUGUGAGUGAGAGAGUGUGUGUGUGUGUGUGUGUGUGUGUGAGUGAGUGGAUGGUCGAUGUUUGUACCAAAUAUGCUGUAUAGAAGACAGGAAUUUUUAAGAGUCCUAUUUUCAACAAAAGAAGCACACAAAUAUAUUUAGGCUAUGCAAACUAUAACAGCAGCAAAUGUGAGGUAUGACAUUAAAUAUGAAAAAUGAGAUUAUAAACUUUUUAAUAAAGUUGCUUCACAGAACGGAAAGGAGGAAAAAAAAGCAGUCAGAUAGUGAGAGUAUCAUGUCACUAUGUAAUCUAUUAGGAUGCCUUAACUCUUGGUUUGAAAACCAGUUUGUCAGUGUGUCUGUAUGCUGUUCUGGGUUGAUUUUUUUUUCCACGACUAAGACAUAAGUCAGCAAACUAUUAUUAUUCAUUUUUAUUUGUU